AUAAAAGGUAGUCAAAAUGAAUCUUGUUAGAUUUCUUUUAUAUUAAAUAAUAUGAUUUUAUAAUUUAUUUUAUUUUUAAAAGGAUAUAAAUGAAGGAAAAUUAUAUUUUCUGAAAUAAAAUUAAAAUAUGAUAAGUAUAAUAUUGUAUUUUCAAAAUAGUUUUUCGCAGCUUUUAUGUUAUACAAAAGCGCUUUUUGACUUUUCAAAAACCGAGCUUUUAAUAGUGUUUGGUCCUACUUUAGCUUUUAAAGCCGAAAAACACUUUUAAAAGUCAGGCCAAACAUAGGGAAUAACAAUUUCCUUGUAUCUUAAGCCUUUGUAGAAAUUGCUAGCUCCAUACAGCUUAAGAAUUUCAUCUACAUGUUCAUUUUAUAAGAAUACAUUUAAAUGGAUGGAUUAACUGUAAGUUGUAAGCUACACCAACAUAUUACACAAAUUCCAACAAUUACAGAUUUAAAAUUUUAUGAUUAGAGUCUAGUUUUUAAACUUGAGUAUAUUGUAAUGUCUAAAAUUAUGGGUGCAUCAGUUAUAUGUUGUUACUAUUUUAGAGAGGAGGUCAUUUCAAAAAGCUUUCAACAAAUCAUGCUAUAGGUCUAAUACUUGAGGCAUUAAAACGAUCCAAUGCAAUUAACAUUCCAACCAUUUUAACUAACUUUUAAAAGUGUAUCAACGAAAAAUUAACACCGCAAAUUUAAGAACACUAGAUCCAACAUUGUGAAUUAACAUUAAGACGUACUGGUACUAACCCGGUUUAGCUAACCAGAUUAACAAAGAGGGGACAGCAGGAAGUUUGAUGGCACUAGAAACGACAUUAGUCCUUCGUCCUCUUUUAAAAUGGCUUCUAAGCCAAGGAAAAGCGCCAUGUCAGAUGACCGACGGCGACAUCUCUUCUUCUCUUCCCACCAGAAAAAGAAGAGAAUCUACAACGGCAAACUCUAUUGACGACUCAGAACUCCCCUGACCCUACUCCCGCCCGACCUCAAAUUCACAGCUACCCGAAAAAACCCCACCCUAAAAGAAAAUUACCUUACAGAGAUAGGUUAAUUGCAUGGUUGGUCACUGAGAUUAUAAAAAAAGUUGUGUCGUUAAUGACACAAGGGUCGAUUUAAUUGUGUAUAGGUUUAUAUUGGGUUGGGUAAUGGGUUGAAUUGAGAUUUUGAUGAUGUGGCGGGUUUUGAUGACGUGGCGGGUUGGGUAUAAUUUUUUUUUUAAAAGGCUAAUUGGACGAUUCUGUUAGCCACGUCAACAAAAAACUGACGCCGUUAGCGGAAGCUAACGGAGAGUGACUAAAUUUGGAUUAUUUUAUUAAUUAUAGUGACCAUUAAUGAAUUUAAACAUUUCGAGUUACCAAACAUAAUCCGUUUUUGUAAUCUUAGUGACCAACCAUGCAAUUAACCCUUAGAGAGAUAGAGGUAGCAAAAGAGGAAAAGAAAAAGCGGGAAAAGAAAACAAGUCUGAUUGACCGUCUGUCUAAUUGUUUCUUUCCCACCAAAAUCAACCCCUCACUUUCCCCUGCUUUUCUCUUCCCCUGCUUUUUUUGGACAAAGCCAUUACCAAUUGGUUCAGAUGCAGCGAAGAAGAAGGAGGAGAUUCAACAAACCCAAGAACCCAAAUUUCCAUCUCCCCAUAUUAUUUUAUUUCCUGCUCCCCCGAAUUUAGUCAGGAAGCCCCCGAGUCUGUCUUCCCUCCGUUAAUCCCCAAUCGUGGGUCGGGUCUCCCACCCUUCCCCUCGAUUCGGGUUUAAUGGGCUGCGUCAACUCCAAAAGGGUCGUUUCCUCCGCCGCUGGCGGCGAAUCCCCUGUUCUCAAUUACCCUUCCGCCUCCACAAAUGUCAUCCACGAUCGCCUCUCCUACAUCGACCCCAGCUCCAUAGCAUCCUCCAGAAACCCUUCCGGCAUCCUCGUUCCUUCCAUCGUCGAGCAGAAACAGAGGAGCGGCAAAAUCAGGAGUAUCGGCGAUCUCGUUGAGGCGAAGGAGGAAGGGGAGGAUGGGGAAGGGGAGAAGGGUAAGAGGGUUGAUCGGAAGAAGCAGCUGCAGAAAGUUGGGGAGAUUCAGGCUGAGAUCAAUUACCUGAUCGAUACUGCGGUUGAUAAUGUGGAGAAGAAGGCCAAGAGGAAGAAGUUGGAGCGGAGGUCAUCGAUUGGGGAAAUUGGGGAGAUUAGCGUUAAACGCGAUGUUCUUCAGCCGCAACCGUCAAGACGGCUUGUUGGAGCAGAGCAGAUCGCCGCUGGUUGGCCAUCUUGGCUGAGCUCUGCCGCCGGUGAAGCCAUUAACGGUUGGGUCCCUCUUCAGGCCGAUGCUUUUGAGAAAUUAGAAAAGAUUGGGCAAGGAACGUACAGCAGCGUAUUCAAAGCACGAGAAGUGGAGACGGGAAGAAUGGUGGCCCUGAAGAAGGUCCGAUUCGACAACUACCAACCGGAGAGCAUCAGAUUCAUGGCCCGAGAAAUCCUGAUCCUCCGCCGGCUCGACCACCCGAACAUCAUCAAGCUCGACGGCAUCAUCACCUCCCGCCUCUCCAGCUCCAUCUACCUCGUCUUCGAGUACAUGGAACACGACCUCGCCGGCCUGUCCUCUUCCCCUGAAAUCAACCUCACCGAGCCCCAAAUCAAGUGCUACAUGAAACAACUCCUCCGCGCAGUCGAGCACUGCCACCUUCGCGGCGUGAUGCACAGAGACAUCAAGAUGUCCAACAUCCUCGUCAACAACAACGGCAUCCUCAAGCUCGCCGAUUUCGGCCUGGCCAACGUUCUCGCCGCUUCCGGCGGGAAGCAACGGCUCACCAGCCGCGUUGUCACGCUCUGGUACCGUCCGCCGGAGCUUUUGCUGGGGUCCACCAGCUACAACGUAUCGGUGGAUUUGUGGAGCGUGGGGUGUGUGUUUGCCGAGCUUUUGACUAGCAAGCCAUUGCUAAAGGGGAGGACGGAGGUGGAACAACUGCAUAAAAUCUUUAAACUUUGUGGGUCGCCUCCGGACGAGUUCUGGAAGCAAUAUCAUUAUCUACCAAAUGCCACUAUGUUUAGACCGCAACAUCCAUAUGAGAGCUCAUUGAGGGAGAGGUGUAAGGAUUUCCCGCCUGCAGCAGUGGAUUUGUUGGAGUGCUUGAUCUCUAUUGAUCCUGAGAAGCGUGGUUCUGCUUCCUCUGCACUCAUGUCUAGGUUCAUUAACUCGGAACCAUAUGCAUGUGAUCCAUCGGCCUUGCCAAAAUACCCACCUAACAAGGAAAUGGAUGCCAAGUUUAGGGAGGACAGAAGAAGGAAGAAGAGUAGUUUGAAGCCACGAGAAUUAGUACUAAAGAGGCCAAAAGCAACUCAUCACAGGGGAGGCAGCCUCAGCAAGUUCAUCCUGAAAGAGGAAGUGACGGAGAACAACAACCAGCCAUCCUUUACCAAGGUGAACGCGAAUCAUCCACACGCAGGCCAACGAAGAGGAGGAGGGAUCGGGCUACGUAGAGAGCUGAGCAUGGAGUCAAACACAACCGUGGUACCAACUCAGUUGCAGAAAGGAGAACAACAACGACGACGACAACAUCAGCAUCAGGCUUACACCGGUCCAGCACCAGCCAUCUCUGCCUCGAGCGGGUUUGCUUGGACGACAAGAAAGCGAAGAGACGACCUCUUGUCAACCUUGUCUUACGACACCAACGGGAGCCAGGUUAGUGGCCUGGAUGCCCCAUUCAAGUUCCCCAACUUGAAUGCAGAACGUAGAGCAAGGGAUGUCGACAGACAAGAUUGUCACAACAAGAAGCAACACACGAUAUCACAGCAGCAGCAGAACCAAUUUGAUGCACCACCACCGGAUUCGCUCAAAGCGUUUCUGUCAUAUGUGAUUGCAGAAGACAUUCCUCUAAGCCACGCCAGACAUGAUCCCAUUCAUCAAUCGGACACGGUACAGUUCUCGGGACCAUUGUUUUCUCAAUCAAACAAAGUCGCGUAGUCGAACCAGAUUGGAGAGCUGUUACGGAAGAACGAGAAUCAAAUACGCAGAGCAGCUCGAAGGUCGAGGUUGGAUAGAGGUAAAUAGUCGAAUCAAAUACGCAGAGCAGCUCGAAGGUCGAGGUUGGAUAGAGGUAAAUAGUCGAAUGGUAUACAUACAGAUUCUUGGCAUAGAUGAACAUAUAAGGUCGCAGAGUAAAUGGAAAUGGUGGAUUUUGCAGAAAUGUGAUGCAGAGGAAAGGGACCCAGAUGGAAAUUUCAGAAACUUCAAUGACUUUGAACACCUGGAAGCCAAAAAGAAUGCUCUGCUUUUGCUUGGGGUUGAAGCAAGAGCUUGAUAGUCCCCAUUUGUAGGAGGAAACUUCAUUUGUGUAUCUGGGCCUGGUUUGAUUAUCAACUCUGAAAUAUUGGUUUCCCGGGACAAAGGAAAAAAAUGAAAUAGUAAAAGAAGGAAAUUUUGUAUAACUAACUACCAAGAAAAAAAAUGGAGCAUGAGAGGAAGCAUUGCCUUCCUUAUAAUCCUUUUUAAGAUAAGGAUUCGUUCCUUAGUCAAACCUUCCCAAGUAAUUGAUUUUGCUAAUUUUUUCUUCUUUUUCUGCCACACCAUUUUUCUCCAAUGGGAUGUGAGUAGUAGUGAUACAAGCUAGCAACAAGCUACUACUUUUGUGUAGUAGUAGAAGAAGUUGAACUUUAGAGUGGGAAAACAAAGUAAGAAAAUAGUCGACCUUAGUUUUUGAAUUAAUAUAAGGUACCAAUUAUUUAUUUCUAUGAGCUGCAUUGUUUUCUUGUUCUUCUUCCAUUUUCCCCUUUCUUUGGCUUUCAUUUUCCCUUUUUCUGGGGAACCAUUGCAACCACUUGCUAGGGUUUGGUUAGAGUAGUUUAUUAUAAGAAAAUGAGAUUGAUAUG